GCCAUAUGAGUGUCCACCGGUGCUGUUUGUUGUUCUUCUGGCCCGCACUAGUGAACCUCUCUCUCUCUCUCUCCCUCUCUCUCUCUCUCUCUCUCUCUCUCUCUCUCUCUCUCUCUCUCUCUCGGGUGAGGGGGCCAUGUCGCAGCUACGUGUUCUCAUAAAUGUAUGUGGUGUCUCAUGCAAUAGAUGGAACCCGCGAUUGCAUCGACUGUCAACGGUGGAGAGACAUGCGCCACGGAGACGGAGGACAUUCUAAAGGAUUUUGCAGAUGGCAGCAAGGAAGGGGAUUCGGCUGGAGGGAACAACGCAGCCUAUGCAGAGGUGCUUGCGACAAUAUGUGCACAGACUGUAGAGAUGAUGGGUGAUGGUGAUGAAACAGAGAAUGAUGCAGGAGGGAGCACUUAUGAGACGGAAACGGUUGGGGAAGAGAGAGAGGGGGGAGGUAUGGGAAGCAGGGAAUCUCUAACAGGGUGUAUUGUGAAAGAUGAAAAUGUGGUGAAGACAUCAGCAGGGGAAGAGUACCCAUAUGACAUCAAUUGGGUGUCGGGUCGUGUUCAACCGGGUAUUGUUGGAGGAAUACCCUGCUUUGCGUUCAAAGUCGAAGGGACAUGGGUUCCAUUUCCUGCCCCCAAAAUGAAUACAUGGCGAAACGUAACUCUGUCAAUUAUGUUUGACAGGAUAUUAAGGUUGAACGAUGGGGCAACAGCAGAGGUGAAAGGGCGAUAUGCAUUGGACAUGUGGCGUGUUCUGGAGGCGCAGGCCCAAGAGCACGGCGACGGUCAGAACAGAUACAUGGCUCGCAUUCGCCGCAGGUACGGUUGCACGACCGUUCUUGGUUGGGUCCCAGUCGUAUGUCCCAUGACAUAUGAGCAUGGUGGAGACGUCACCAUGAGAUUCAGAGACCCGCUUGGUGUGCCUUUCCAUCUGACCUACUCAGAUGGACUCCUUCGAGACAUUCGGUAUCUGUCGGAGAAUGACUUGGCAGGUUCAGCGCAGCCAGGCAAGAGGACAGAGAAGCGCUUAGAAAUUUCUCAUUUGUCUGCUGAGGUGGAGGGCCCAUGUGGUCCUGGUCGCGUCGGGGGGUGCUCUGCAGCACAGGGUGACAUGGUCGGGCCAAGCGAUGUCGCGAUGUCGCAGAGCCCGGGGAAGAUGAAGAAGUGCACGUCGGGACCGCCACGUGGGCAGACGCCCGCAGGCAGAAAGAAGGUGAACCUGAAGGCGGUGCCAGCGACCGGAGAUACCGCAGGUGCACGAACUCAGGUCCUCAGACGUCGUCGACGCCCCGGGAUGGCAACUUUGUCGGAAAUCAGAAAGUUGCAACGAUCCACCGACCUUUGCUUGACUUUCAGCCCGUUCUUGCGUCUCGUGCGCGAGGUUGUGGAGCAGGACAUUGCUCCGGGUAUGGGCGUGAGGUUUCAGAUGACGGCGGUGCGUGCUUUGCUGGAGGCUGCCAAGGCGUACCUGGUCGCCAAUUUCGAGAACACCAACGAGGUGGCCAUUCAUUCGAAGAGGGUGACGAUCCAGGUCAAGGACAUGAGACUGGUGGAUAGGUUGUCGAAGCCUCGCUGGGUUGAGAAAUAUCAAGGUAUGUUGGACGAGAAGGCGAGAGCUGAGGAGAGACAGGAACGGAUGGAGGCCAGACAGGCGGAAAGGGAUGGCAGCAGAGCAGAGGCAAAGAAGAGGAAAGCAGUGCCACGUAAGGGGGGGUCCGCGAAAAAAAAGGCAGCUUGAGAAUUCUACUGUGUGUGCUACAUAACGGUUGUCCUGUCGAGUCGUGGACUC